UUUGCAGAAAGAGCUUUGAAAAUGAGUCAGGAACAGCCGAGGAGGCCUCAAGAGGAGAACGAACCAGUAAAGUAUGGGGACAUUUUUAACGUCUCCGGCGAACUGGCAUCGAAGACGGUGGCGCCACAAGAUGCUGCAAUGAUGCAGACCGCUGAAACGUUGGUGUUGGGGCAGACACAAAAGGGCGGUCCCGCUUCUGUCAUGCAAUCGGCCGCCACACGAAACGAGAGAGCUGGGCUCGUCCGCCACGAAGAGGCUACUGAUAUAGCUGCUUAUGAAGGUGUCACUGUUACAGAGACUGAUGCCCCUGGAAGGCGAAUAAUCACUGAAUCAGUUGGCCGACAGGUUAUUGGCCAGUAUGUGCAGCCAACACCGAUCACACAACUGCCUGGAGGAGGCUUCAUGCAGCAGAAUACAAUAACUAUUGGUGAGGCACUUGAGGCAUCGGCCCAAACAGCUGGGGACAGACCAAUAGAACAGAGCGACGCCGCGGCGAUUCAGGCCGCAGAAGUGAGAGCAACGGGCAGCAAUGUGAUAAUUCCAGGAGGCUUGGCUGCCACUGCUCAAUCUGCCGCAGCUCAUAAUGCAGUGACUGUCCGGGAGGAAGACAAGAUUAAGGUUUCUGAUGUGCUGACAGGUGCGACGGCGAAAUUACCAGCGGACAAGACGGCCACUAGGCAGGAUGCGGAAGGAGUGGUGAGUGCCGAGCUGAGGAAUAACCCGGACUUGGUGACACGUCCAGGUGGGGUGGCAGCUUCUGUUGCUGCAGCUGCGAGGCUCAAUGAAAAUAUGAAUGUGGAUAUCUAGUAGCCCGUGCUAGCUGCUCA